AUGGACGAUCUGUACAGCCUCAUGCGAGCGCUGAUCAGCGGAAGAAUCACCAAGCACAUGCGCGUCAAGACCUCUUCGGGCCUCCACCAGAUUGGAACCUUUCUCGCCGGCGACGGAAGCCCGCCUGAAGGCGGUUCGGGCAACGAUGGCAUGCCUGGGGGCUCGGGCAACGACGGUACCUAG